AGAGUAAACCAAGACAACGCGCCGCCGGUCCAUCUCUCGCAUUUCGCUCAGAACCACCAUGCUGGCCGGACAGGCGAGAUCGGCCCUCGCAAGGGUCUUCCUGCAGCACACCCCUGACCUGGCUCCCCCCAGAAGGGCGCUCGCCACCACGUCUGCAAGUUUUUCCUGGUUUGGGAAGCCUGAACCGGCGCCAGCAGUGCGCGGCCCAAUCACCAAUAAAGCCGAGUUGAUUCAGUUUAAUGCCGCCUUCCCCGACAUUGUCCGCAACCUGACCGAGAGAGGACGACAGCACCUUGAAGUACCAGCAGCUACAAAAUGGUUCGCUCAGGUUUUGCAAUACGCCGUUCCUGGAGGCAAGAAAAACAGAGGGCUCGCCGUGUCGCAGGCGUACAAAUACCUGGCCCAAGAGUUCACACCCGAGGGCAUCAAGCAGGCGCACCUCAUGGGGUGGGCAGUGGAAAUGCUGCACGCCUCUCUGACGGUGGCCGCGGACGCGUUAGACGGAGUGCAGGUGCGCCGCGGCCGCCCCAGCUGGCCGGUGCACUGCGGCCUCGGCCUCAGGGCAGUCAACGACGCGGCCCUCCUCGAAACCGGACUCUACGAGCUGCUGAAAACGCACUUCCGCUCGCACCCCCAUUACGUCGAAAUCCUGGAGCUCUUCCACGACGUGACGCACAAGGCGAUCAUGGGCCAAGUGCUGGACAUUCAGGCCCGCUCUGAUGCCUCCCUCGAGUUGUUUACAAUGGAGAGGUACCAGGCCAUUGUUAAAUACAAGACUGCUUACUACACAUUCCAACUGCCUGUCAUUCUCGCCAUGUACCUGGUGGAGAACAAUGACCUGGAGCUGCACAGACAAGCAAAGAUGAUUCUCAUGGAGAUGGGACAAAUUUACCAAGUGCAGACCGACUAUUUGGACUGCUUCGGCGACCCUGCCGCUCUUGGAAAUGAAUCAUCAGACAUAGAAACAGGAAGGUGCACCUGGUUGGCUGUGGUUGCCCUUCAGAGGGCAACUCCUGCACAGAAACAAAUAAUGCAGGAGUGUUACGGAAGCAGAGAUCAAGCCAAAGUGGAGAAGGUGCGUACACUGUACCGGGAAUUGGGCCUGCCGGCGACCUACCGUACUUACGAGGAGCAAAGCUAUGAACUCUUGUGCAGGCAGAUCCAACAAACCUCCAAAGGGCUGCCGCACAAACUCUUCUUCCGAAUUCUGGAUAGCACCUACGUACGCCAGAACUGAUAUCUCAUUUGGACACGAUAAUUCAGCCCUUCAGUGAGCAAAUAUCUCUCUUUUGCAAUGCGCUGUAAAACUGUACCAACAAGUGUUGACAAAAAAGGCAUUGCGUGCUCUAUAAAUUUUAAAUAUGCUUGCGAGAACGGCAAAUGUUUGAGAUAAAAUUAAGGACACGAUGACUGAUUAAAAAUAUGGUUUGAUUAAAUGAGAAAAAUGUCGAAUUUGCAAAGGCAGUCAUAUGUAAUGUUAGAAAUAUUAAUCAAGUCAAAUGGAUGCCGUGCAAAAAAAACUCUGUAUUCCAAUAAAGAUUAUGUCAUUUUCAGCUAGUAA